CAGGCAUCCUGAGCAUGGAGCCAUUUUUAGUUGUCACAUCUGGGAAGUGUGCUACUGGCAUCUAGUGUGCAGAUGCCAGGGAUGUUGCUCAACAUUGUACAAUGUGCAAGAAAGCCCCCAACAAAAAAGGAUUAUCUGGCCCAAUAGGUGAGCAGUGUGUUGUUGAGAAGCCCUGCAUAGAGUAUGAGGACUGAAGAGUGGCUGAGGUUACAUGUGCUUUUACUACAGAUAAAAACAAACUCUUACUUUGCACCAAGCCAGAACAGAUAUAUUGAAGGAAUUAAUCAGAAAAGAAUAAUACAUUGGCUUUAGCAGAGGAAGAAUGAUUGAGCAUAGCCUCUCACUGUGCUACCGCAACAAACUCAUCUUAGCCCCUAUGGUUCGGGUAGGCACUCUUCCAAUGCGGCUGCUGGCCCUGGACUAUGGAGCGGACAUUGUGUACUGUGAGGAGCUGAUUGACCUCAAGAUGCUUCAGUGCAAGAGAGUUGUCAAUGAGGUGCUCAGCACAGUGGACUUUGUCGCCCCUGAUGAUCGGGUAGUCUUCCGCACCUGCGAAAGAGAACAGAGCCGGGUUGUCUUCCAGAUGGGGACUUCAGAUGCAGAGCGAGCCCUUGCUGUGGCCAGACUUGUGGAAAAUGAUGUGGCUGGUAUUGAUGUAAACAUGGGCUGUCCAAAAGAGUAUUCCACCAAGGGAGGAAUGGGAGCUGCUCUGCUAUCAGACCCUGACAAGAUUGAGAAGAUCCUCAGCACUCUUGUCAAAGGGACACGCAGACCUGUGACCUGCAAGAUUCGCAUCCUGCCAUCGCUGGAAGAUACCUUGAGCCUUGUGAAGCGGAUAGAGAGGACUGGCAUUGCUGCUGUCACAGUUCACGGAAGGAAGCGAGAGGAACGACCUCAGCACCCUGUCAGCUGUGAAGCCAUCAGAGCCAUUGCUGAAGCCCUCUCCAUUCCUGUCAUAGCCAAUGGAGGAUCUCAUGACCACAUCCAAAAGUAUUUGGACAUAGAGGACUUUCGACAAGCCACAGCAGCCUCUUCGGUAAUGGUGGCCCGAGCUGCCAUGUGGAACCCAUCCAUCUUUCUCAAGGAGGGUCUGCGACCCCUGGAGGAGGUCAUGCAGAAGUACAUCCGAUAUGCCAUACAGUAUGAGAACCACUACACCAACACCAAGUACUGCUUGUGCCAGAUGCUACGAGAACAGUUGGAGUCGCCCCAGGGAAGGUUGCUCCAUGCUGCCCAGUCUUCCCAGGAAAUUUGUGAGGCCUUUGGCCUUGGUGCCUUCUACGAGGAGAUGACACGAGAGCUAAAUGCCCGGCGGGCUGAACUCUUGGCCAGAACCCCAGAGGCUGCGGCAGAGCCAGCUGAAGACACCUCAGGUGUCAUUAAGAUGGCUGUCAAGUUUGACCGGAGAGCAUACUCACCGCAGAUCACCCCCAAGAUGUGCCUGCUGGAAUGGUGCCGGAAGGAGAAGCUGGCACAGCCUGUGUAUGACACGGUUCAGCGCCCCCUGGAUCGCUUUUUCUGCUCUGUCGUGACUGUUGCUGAGCAAAAGUACCAGUCUACCUUGUGGGACAAGUCUAAGAAAUUGGCGGAGCAGGCUGCGGCCAUCGUCUGUCUGCGGAGCCGGGGCCUCCCUGAGGGUCGCCUGGGCGAGGAGAGCCCCUCCUGGCACAAGCGCAAGCGGGAGGCCAUUGACCAAGACCCUGAGGGUUCCAGAAAUCAGGAGCAUGCGGUGCCUGGGGAGCUGUGCAAGAAGCUCUUUGUGGCCUUGGGAAGUGGUGAAGAGAGCCCCCUGGGAGGCUGGUGAGCAUUGUCCCUACCUUGGUCACCUGCUUCAGGAGCCUGGCCGUAAGAUGUCUGUGGGUGCAGACCAUGAACCAGAUGCCAUCGGACAAUUCUCUGACUGUUCCUGGCAGGAGUUACGAGGUCCUGACCGGGGCUGUCAGCCUGGAGUACAGGCUAAAGGGUGCCUAGGUGCACAUCUCCCUUGGUGGGUCUGAGUAGCAAGGCCGAGUUCCCAGUGACCUCAGUAUUUUCUUUGAAAACAGGAGCUUUUCAGUUGGCACCUCCUCAACCUGACAUUGAUACAGUGCAAUAAAGAUCACCCCACCCUUCCCUGCAGCUGGCUGCUUUAGCCUUGGGCAUCUUCACACACAGACACAGGGCCUGGCGUAAUUAUUCUACUUCCAUCCUCUGUGCGGAGUUGGAGUUCCCUAAAGCAUAUCCUUCUGGGUCUGCGUGGAAGUGGGGGAUGGGGUAUCAUCUUGAAUGCACACAGGACUUGGGAUGAGCCAGGAAGGCCCAAGAAGCCCAUUCUGCUGAUGGCAAACCUGAGGUACUGCCCAUCAAUGAAUUUUCAUGAUGAGAUGUGCUAUAGAAUCUGGGGAACAAUUAGGGUAUCUGGUGCUCCCGGAAGGGACCAGCUCUGGUGAGUGUGGGGGGCCCUGGGUUUGACCCCUAGCUAGCUGGAGCCCAGACCUGAUGAGGUCUUUGCUCCAGACAGGGGACACUGAGGACACACGUUGCUGAUGCCAGCAGUUUAGGGCCCUCACAAUUGCCCACCCACGCCACUGCCUGCCACCAGCCCCCACUAUCCCACUUGGGCCGGAAGGAAGUGGCAGAUUCUCUUUAAUUUCCUCUUGGCAGUGAGAAGCAAAUAAACGGCUACCACAUCUCAUGGGGCCUCCCCCUCUUACUGGGAGGGGCGUUCUGACCAAAGGUCCCUGCCCUGCACCACCCCCGCUUCCUCCACUGUAAACACACUACUUCUCCUCCCCUUUUCCAAGUUCUUUGGGGAGGGGCGUUCCCCUCCAGGCCAAGGCUAUGUUUCUCUCCUGUCCCUGGGGUCAGGCCCCUGUGCUAGGCUGCUGGCCCUGGUGGCCCGAAUGAAAGAUCAGGCAUGUGAGGCCUCCGUCUCAGUCCCUGAACCGCCCUUCCCCUCACACUUGUUCUUCUGUAUGCAGAUAAGGAUACCACACUACCAGCUGCCUCCCAGAGCCCAUUGCCGUCUGACCUUGGGAAAGUCACUUCUAGCUCUCUUUGGGCCUGAGGGCCCUCAGAGGAGAGGGAGAUCAGCUGCUCUCUGCUUGCAGGAGGCUGGCUGGAGGAUAAAUAGGCCU